CAGCUCAGAGAAUUCACUGUGGCUGUGUGCGUGUUGUUUACAUUACAUCUGAUUUUCAGUUUCUUAUUUGGGAAAAGAAAGUGCUGAGGAAAGGUUGUGGUUUGUUAUUAAAGCACCUAAAGUACUGGCUUGUUCCAUUUCAAAUUAAAUAAUGGAUAGCUUACUCGGUUAUGUUUGAAUCAAAUGGUUCAAACUUUGUGUAUCUACAUGCGAAGACAUAAAUCGUACACUUAAAUGUGGAAGUGACUUUCCUCACCACCGAAAGAGGUAUAUAAAGAUUUUUAAACUUCGGGAGGGGCAGUUCAGUGCUCCCAGCAGCACGAAGUAACUUUCAUAAGUGCUGCUAGAUCGCAAAAUGUACUAUCUUAACAACGAGGCGGUGGCUCUUCCUUCUGUGGGGAGUUUUCCCCAAAGGGAGAACCACUCAUCCACCCUAGAGCUCAAGACUGUAUCUAUAAAUCCGGAUGAUACCUACACUGUGCAGCAGGCGAUCAAUGCCUUCGGUUUCGGUUGGUUUCACGUCAAGCUGUCGCUUUUGGUGGGCCUGUGCUGGAUGUCCGACUCCAUGGAAAUGGCCAUCUUGAGCAUUCUCGGUCCAGCUUUGUUCUGCGAGUGGAAUGUCACAAAGUUCCAGCAGGCUUCGGUCACAACCAUUGUGUUUCUGGGCAUGAUGUUGAGCUCUAGUUUUUGGACUCAGCUGAGCAACAGAUACGGCCGAAAGUCGGCCCUCACUUUGUUUGGAGUAUUACUAGUCCUAUACAGUAUACUAAGCUCAGUGGCUCCCAGCUACGCCUGGCUUUUAACCCUGAGAGGGCUGGUGGGGUUUGCAAUCGGCUGCGUUCCACAGUCUGUCACCUUGUAUGCGGAGUUUCUGCCCACCAAACACAAGGGAAAGUGCGUAGUGCUAAUGGAUUGUUUUUGGGCUUUGGGAGCCUGCUUUGAAGUUGUCCUGGCCCUGGUGGUCUACCCUUACUACGGAUGGCGAGGGCUCUUGGCUCUGUCAGCUACACCCCUACUAAUAUUUACAAUUUUAUCACCAUGGCUCAGCGAAUCCGCUCGCUACUACUCGUACAAUGGGCACAAUGACAAGGCUAUUAAAGUUCUGGAACAGAUAGCUCACAACAACAAGCGCCACAUGCUGAUGGGGCGCUUGAUGGCCGAUGAGGAGCCCAGCUCAACAGAGAGCUUCAGAUCCCUGCUCGGUUCGAAUCUGUACCGGACCACCAUGUUGCUGUGGUUUAUCUGGCUGGCCUCGGCCUUUUGCUACUACGGCUUGGUCCUGGUCACAACCGAGCUUCUGGUGGCCAGGAACAAGGAGAACAAUCCAAAUGAGUGCGUGACCUUUAUGACCUCCGAUUUCAUGGACCUGCUGUGGAUUACCCUGUCCGAAUUCCCGGGCAUACUAAUAACCAUCAAGGUGAUCAAGCUGUUUGGCAAGAAAAAAACCAUAGUUCUGCAAUACUUGGUGCUUGUUCUCUGCACUUUGGUGCUGAUGUCGGUCACAAGUCGCUUUUCAACUUCCCUCACCCUUUUCAUUGCUCGAGGAACGAUAUCUGGCAUUUUCCAAGCCAUCUACGUGUACACUCCGGAGAUAUAUCCCGCCGCCUUGAGAUCCGUGGGGGUUUCAGGUUGCUCCGUGCUGGCCAGACUGGGCGCCAUGUUAACCCCCUUUGUGGCGCAGGUUUUGAUGGAUUCAUCCAAGGUUCAGGCCAUGUCCACCUAUGCCUUGGUAGGCCUCAUGGCUUCCAUAGCCUGCGCUUUUUUGCCCAGGGAAAAUGUUGGCUAUCACUGAUUACCAUAGGCUUAUUAUUACCAUACAAUAUUAUUAUUAAAGGUUAUAUCCUUAGAUGAA